AUGUUUGCACGGCAGCCGCUGUGGGUGCCGCUGGCGACGCACAGCCCGGCCUUUGCGGAGCGCUUCCUCGCCUUCAGCCGGGCGUCGCCGCACACGCGGCGGCUGCUGGAGGGCGUCACUUACCGCCCGGAGGAGACCCGGGUGCUGCUCGCGCCGGACGCGCGGGUGGCGGGGCGUCGCGUGACGCACGCGAUGGCGUUCCCCCUCACCGUCACGGCCGCCGUGUGCGAGGCGGGGGAAGACGGGGGCGCGAUGAGCGGCGGGGCCUUCGCCUCCCUGCUGGACGCGACCACCUCCGUGCACGUCAUGGAGCGCCUUCUCCCCUCCAGCGACGCCCACGUCUCGGUGAACAUGCAGUCGAGGUGUCUGCGUCCCAUCCGGCGCGGCGACACGCUGGUGCUGAUUAGCCGCGUGGAGAAGAUGGGCGCCCGGCUCGCAUUCAUGUCGGCCGAGUUGCUGCGUGACAGGCCCGGCGAGAGCGCGACGUCGGCGGCGGAGGCGCCGGCGACCUCCAUAGCAGAGAUGGACAGUUUUCUGCGACGGUUUGAACUUCUCGCCAGUGGAAAACACGUGAAGUUUCUCAUCCGCUCUAAGUAA